CACACCAGUCGGACACUGUGGUGUGGCGUAUCCCUGAAGCGAACGUGAAGCAAUAAUUUAGUCGAUCUCGAGCACUUCUCUAAGCAUUACCUAGCUAACCAACAAGUUCUAGCCAUGGCUAAGGUCGGCAUCAACGGAUUUGGCCGUAUCGGACGUCUUGUCUUACGUGCCGCGCUCGAUAAGGGUGUUGAUGUUGUUGCCGUCAACGAUCCCUUCAUCGAUGUCACCUACAUGGUGUACAUGUUCAAGUACGAUUCGACUCACGGUCGUUUCAAGGGGACAGUUUCAGAAGAGGGUGGCAUGCUUGUCGUCAACGGCAAAAAAAUACAAGUCUUCCAGGAGUCUGAUCCGGCGAGCAUUCCAUGGGCUAAGGCUGGCGCCGAAUAUGUGGUCGAAUCAACUGGUGUGUUUACGUCACUGGAAAAAGCCGAAGCUCACCGCAAGGCCGGUGCCAAAAAGGUCAUCAUUUCAGCGCCAUCACCCGAUGCGCCAAUGUUCGUUAUGGGUGUCAACCACGAGAAGUAUGAUGUGUCAAUGAACAUCGUAUCGAACGCUUCUUGUACCACUAAUUGCCUUGCGCCUUUAGCUAAGGUUAUUCAUGAUAACUUUACUAUUCUAGAGGGUCUAAUGACAACGGUACAUGCAACAACGGCUACCCAGAAAACGGUCGAUGGUCCUUCAAAGAAGGACUGGCGCGGAGGACGUGGUGCUGCCCAGAAUAUUAUUCCUUCAUCAACCGGGGCUGCCAAAGCUGUUGGGAAGGUUAUCCCUGAACUCAAUGGCAAACUCACCGGUAUGGCCUUCCGUGUACCCACUCCCGACGUGUCGGUCGUAGAUUUGACAGUAAGGCUUGGCAAAGAUGCCUCGUACGAUGACAUCAAGGCCGCGAUUAAGGCUGCAGCCAAUUCCGAUCAGUGGAAGGGUGUUUUGGCUUAUACCGAGGAUGAGGUUGUCUCUACCGACUUCGUAGGUGAUACGCACUCAUCUAUUUUCGAUGCUAAGGCUGGCAUCUCAUUGUCGCCGAAUUUCGUCAAACUCGUCGCAUGGUACGACAACGAAUACGGAUACAGUAACCGUGUUAUCGACCUCAUCAAGUACAUGAAGACAAAGGAUGCUUAAGCUACUUGCGUUAAGCUUUUCGUCGGCAACCUGGCCACUGUGGACGUCGACGAAAUGAAUGGGUUUUAAUGGUGAAGGCUUUCGAGUUCAUCCACUCGGUGCCCAUUUGUCGAAACCUAGUGCCAGUGUGGCAUGAUCGAAGAUGAAGGGACGAUGUAGAAGGUUGUAGGUGAUGUAAAAGGUUGUAGGUGAUAUGUUAGAUGUAACAGAGUUGAACACAUUGCAAUAACAACGAUUAUGAUAAUAAGGAACGGGCAUCACGGGUUAAUUUAUCUAUGCGUUGUAGAAAUCAGCAAGAUGUCUCUUGUCUUCAGCACAUGUAUGUGUGAAAAGAAUAAUAUAUGUUGCAUGGAUGAACUAUUCUGUAAAAUCUUCGGUAUGUUACCUACAACCUUUUACACCGCCUCGUCGUCGUCUCUCUCAAUAUAUCGCAAUAGAACAUUAUAUACGAAUAAGGACAACAGCAACAACCAUAGUAAUAUUGAUUACAUCAAUACAUGUAGGACAGCGAUAAGUAAUUCACACCAGCAACCCUCUUUCUCUCUAUUUUCCUUUUCUGUCGUUUCUCUGUUGACAAAGACGUAAAUAAAUUACAUCAUUAUUUCUCUAGCUUCGGCUAGUAAAA